CAUCACGAUUUUGCUGUGAUGUAAUGGACGCAGAUUGACAGGGAAGAUGAACAUGCAUUUUGUUUUUGUUAUUCUAUAGUGAUUUUGUAAAGUUUGACUUGGAAUGGAGGUAUCCGGAAGGAAAGUUAAGGCAGACGUGUCGUCAGGAGACACGACGUAUUGUCAACCCUGCUCCCAGGAUGGGGAAAAAGUCUCAUCUGAGGUAUACUGUACUGUCUGCAAGGAGUUUCUGUGCAGCACGUGUUCACGUGUCCAUAAAAAGCUCAAGGUGACAAAAUCACAUCGACUCAUACAUGGAACCAGUAUGCCAACUAUGCAGGGUCCUUCAGGUGGACUUCAAUUAACAGAGCCUUGCGAUAUCCAUCCUGAUGAGUUCAUCAAAUACUUCUGCCCCUCCCACCAGACACUCAACUGUGGACACUGUCUAGUGACAGAGCAUAGAACAUGUCAUGUUGACAUUAUUUCUGAGCUUGCAGAGGACUUCAAAUACGGACAUGAAUAUGAUGACACCCAUAAAGAUAUUGUCCAGUUUUCUAAGGAUAUUGAAAAGUUUGCUGGAGACAUUACAAUUAAGUUGAAAUUGAUAAAAGAGCUCGCCGAAAUGGAAUUUACACGCUUACAGGAAUUCAGAGAAAAGGUCAACAUAUACUUGGUCGGGAGGGAAAACUCCCUUCGGAAGGUCAUACAACAAAUAAAAGAUACGGAUGCAACUCUUCUUGACUCUAUGAAACCAACAUGCGAUCACAUUAAGGCCAAGGUAGAAGCACUAAUAUCAAAAUUCGAAGAACAAGAGAGAAACACAGCCCAACUAUUUAUUAAAGUCAAGAAAGCCCAGAAACAGCUUAAGUGUCUGCAGUCGGACAUGGCGGAUAUCAACAAGAAGCUUACCAUCCAUAGGUACCAGUUUAGGAAUGACCCUGUCACUGAAAAGAUGUUGCAAUCAACUACAGGCUUUGGUACCAUUGAAAGAAUAACAACUGGUGAAGAUGGAACAUUGGGCAGCAAAUCACGUGCAGAUCAGGUUCAUGGAAAACUUAAUCCGAAGCCAUUCGAACAAGACCAGGUUCCUGGAAAACUGUUAAAGCCGAUGAAACAAGGUGCGCAAACAGAAGCCAGUGUUGAUCUGACCAACAUGAAGUUCACACCAGCCGGUGCUAUCAAGGCUACAGCUGUCGUCGAUGGCUGCUGGCUGUCUAGCUUGCUUCUCCUGCCCGGAGACAGGCUUCUGCUGACUGACUUAAACAGCGACACAAUGCAGUUGUUGAAUCUGCAGACCACCACAUUGAUGUCCCAGGUUAGUGUGCCAGGUCCGCCAUGGGGCAUUUGUCUCCUUCCUAGGUACAUGUUGGCUGUUACCUUGACGUCUGGUAGAAUUCAGUUCCUAGCAUCACGGGAAAAGCUCUCCCUUGGCCAAACUCUCAAGGUACAUGAUGACUGUCGAGGUAUUGGUUAUCAUAAAAACAGGUUAAUAGUGUCUUACCAUAGUGGAAAAGUAGAGACAAUGGACAUUACAGGGAAAGUUAUCAAGACAAUAGACAAAGCUGGUAAUGGGCAGUCAAUAUUUGGUCGACCAGAUUACCUGACAGUUGUUGAAGAAGGUAAUUCAGCAGUUAUCUACGUAUCGGACAUUACUAAGUCCACCAUCACCAAGCUGGACAUGGACCUGAACAUUCUACAGGUUUUUCAGGGUCCUGCACUGAGAGGGCCACAAGGCAUCACUGCUGUGGAUCACCAGCUGAUCAUCUGUGGUUAUGGUAGUCAUAACAUUAUAGGAAUUAAUCUGUCCACUGGCAAGAUGACUGAACUGCUUGGGAAGGAAAAUGGCAUACAGAGGCCUCUAAAUGUCUGCUACAGUCAACAGGAAAAGAAGUUGUAUGUCACAAGCUUUAAUUCUGUGGAUGUCAUCUUGAACAAGUCAGUGAAAGUGUACAAGGCUGCUUGA